GUAAAAAUGCAGCGUGAUUUUAGUGAGUGUAGAGGAUUCAUCGCCAAUAGUAGGAGAUCACAGCGGACGCGGCUCACCGCCUCUACUGUUGCCACUCAUCAUCUGCGUCUGAUGCUUCCGAGGCUCCUGAGCAGUCGGAGAUUUAAAUUCCAUGGUAAUCGGGUCUUUUCAACUCUGAUAACUCGGUCUCACGUCCCACCGGAAAUCCUUCAUGCCAAUAAAAAAAUCACAGCGUUGAUCCGAACUGACCGCCUCGAUGAAGCCAGGGCUUUUUUCGAUGGCUUGUGGCAGCGGAACACCGUCACGUGGAAUUCAAUGCUCAGCGGCUAUGUCAAACGUCGCGAGAUUGCGAAAGCGCGGUGGCUGUUCGACGAAAUGCCUGAGAGAGAUUUGGUUUCGUGGAAUUUGAUGAUUUCGGGUUAUAUGUCGUGUCGGGGGAGAAGGUAUGUAGAAGAAGGUAGGCAAUUAUUCGAUGAAAUGCCUGAGAGAAGUGUUGUUUCCUGGAACACUAUGAUCAGUGGCUAUGCGAAGAAUGGAAGGGUGGAUGAUGCUUUCACGCUGUUUAACGCUAUGCCUGAGAAGAAUGUGGUUACUUGGAAUGCGAUUAUCACAGGGCUCUUGGAUAAUGGUCGCGUGAAGACAGCUUGUGAGCUUUUUAGAGCAAUGCCGGAGAGAGAUGCUGCUUCGCUUAGUGCAAUGGUUUCUGGACUGAUUCAGAAUGACCAGCUUGAUGAGGCUGGGAUGCUUUUGUUGGAAUACAGGGAACUUGGAGAGGGGGUGGAUGACUUAAUCCAUGCUUAUAAUACUUUGAUUGCUGGAUAUGGUCAGAAGGGAAGGGUUAGGGAUGCUCGGCGCCUUUUUGAUAAGAUACCCCUUUGCAGUGAUGAUGGAAGUGGGCGAAAAUCAAGGUUUGAGAGGAAUGUGGUUUCUUGGAAUUCAAUGAUCAUGGCCUAUGUAAAAGUUAGGGAUAUGGAUUCUGCAAGUAAUUUGUUUAAUGAGAUGGAGAGCCGGGAUAUUGUCACGUGGAACACUAUGAUUAGUGGUUAUGUUAAUGCAUCUGAUAUGGAAACUGCCACAAAACUGUUCUUUGAUAUGAAAACUCCUGAUAUUUUGUCAUGGAACUCGAUCAUCUCAGGGUAUGCACGGGCAGGGAAGAUGCAACUUGCUCUUGAUUUUUUCCAGAAAAUGCCUCAGAAGAACCAAGUUUCUUGGAAUACUAUGAUAGCUGGAUAUGAAAAGAAUGGAGGCAUCAAAGAAGCGGUAGAACUGUUUCAUUGUAUGCAGGCGGAAGGAGAGAAACCAGACAGACAUACUUUGUCUUCCCUUCUUAGCAUUUGUGCUGAAUGUGCAGCUCAACUUACGGGCAUGCAAGUUCAUCAGUUGGUGACAAAGAUAGUUAUACCAGAUAACCCUUUAUAUAACUCUCUCAUUACCAUGUAUGCGAAAUGUGGGGCUAUAUCUGAAGCCAGGACAGUAUUCGAUGAGAUGAAAUCUCAAAAGAAUGUUAUCUCUUGGAAUGCUAUGAUUGGAGGGUAUGCAUCACAUGGGUUUGCAAGGGAGGCAUUGGAACUUUUUGAAUCAAUGAAGUGCUUUAAAGUGAAACCAACAUAUAUCACAUUCAUAUCAGUUUUGAGCGUGUGUGCACACAGUGGUCUAGUGGAAGAAGGCAGGUCGUAUUUCAAAUCCAUGGUUGAAGAUUUUGGAAUUAAACCUAGAGUAGAACAUUUUUCGUCUCUUGUGGAUGUGGUUGGUAGGCAUGGGAAGCUUGAGGAGGCAAUGGAUAUCAUUAAUAGCAUGCCAAUUGAGCCGGACAAGGCUGUCUGGGGGGCACUUAUGGGUGCUUGCAGAAUGCACAACAAUGUGGAGCUGGCAAAAAUCGCAGCUCAAGCAUUGAUGAAGCUGGAACCGGAGAGCUCUGGCCCUUAUGUUUUGCUGUACAAUAUGUUUGCUGACGCUGAAAGAUGGAAUGAAGCAGAUGAAAUCAGGAUGGUUAUGGAAAAGAACAACAUUAAAAAGUCACGUGGUUAUAGCAGGGUAGAAUCUAGUUAAUCGUAUUAGGUGCGCUCCAUUUGGAACUAUGAUGGAAGCAUAGGGAUUACCGUGCAGGUAUUUUAUUUACCUUUCAUCUGUAGCUCCACCAUGUGUAUGCAUGUGUUGUCCUCAACCGUAGUUGGUUGCCCAUCAAAAUGCGAGAUUUGCUGGCCAUAAAAAUUUGAAUUGAAGCUAGCUGCUGGGUAGAAUGAGAGUUAAUUCGUAUAUGGACUGGUUUUUUUUAGCAUAUCUUCUGAAAGAUCUCUCUGGCUAUAAACUGUCAUGCUUUCGCAUAACUGAAUCAGUUUUAGUAGCAUCACCUGUACAGCUCUCAUUGUCAUAAAUUACCUUUGGGAUUGAGAUAUCAUACCACUUGACAAUACAUAUAACAUUCUUCAAAGUAAGUUCCACGAAGUGAAGCACUCUCUCUCAUACACACAAAUAUAGAUCGGAGGCAUUCUUCAAAGAGAUGUUGCAGAUUACCAUUAGUUUGAGGAUAGUUUUGGUUGUCUUUAAUUUUUAUUCUUAGUUGUUUAUUGUUGUCAAAAGUCUUGUUAUUAAUAGAGUUUUAGAGAUUACCAUUAGGAGUCUUUAGUUAUUUUGAGAUUAUCAUCUAUGUUUCUAUUUCUUUUCCAAAGUUGAGUAGAAGUAGGAGUUUUGUGUAGUUCUGUAUAAUACGUCUUUGAGGUUUGAAGAGGAUCAAGGGAGGGGUACCCAGAGUCCGCAAUGCCAGAGCCCUCAAACAACACGAAAUCAAGGGGUACCCACUUCAGAUUGAAAAAGGGGACAUGACUUUGUAGUGGAAGUCGAGAAUGCAGGAAAGCUUCCAGGUGAGCUCGUAGCGGAUGACGACGGCAGAGAAGGGGGUAGGAGACGUCAAGGACAUCUCAUUAUUAUUAGUAUUAUGUUUGAAUUCAAAAGCAGAGGAGUGCGAAAAGGAUAUUCAGGGAUGGAAGAAAAAGAUCUCUGCUGCUACAUAAAACAUUUCAUAGCAUAAUCGUCAGAUUAAGUUUAAGGUGAGUCUGAUAGAUCAAUUGAGUUUUCGUAAACAAGAGAUACUGGAGAAGUGUGAACUAGAGCACAUUGACAUUCCAAAAAUCUCUGACCCUAUGGAUACUGGGUCAUCAGGGCCAGGGCCCGUUAUUUAUUUCAGUACACUGAAUAGAUCGCUUCAGCAAAAGGCAAAACCAUCUGAAAGGGAGAAGAUCGAAGCAGAUUUUGCACAGAAAGUUGCUGCAUUGAUUUCUGAAAUUGAAAAAACUGCUCCAAAUUUGAAGGCAGUAGAUCAGUAUGAAGUUGUCUUAGAGAAGGAAAGAGCUGCAUCAAAAGAGUGGGAAGCAGCCAGAGAUGAGCAGAAUAAAAUAACUUUGGAUUA